AUGGCCGAAGUCAUAAACCUCUUAUCGUCAAGUUCGCCACCACCCGCGCCCUUGCGCUCAGACUCUGCUUGCAACCCCGUUGCUGCGACAGUCUUAACCCAAAUUUUCGAGGAUGUGGACGACUUUGAUGACACUGGAUCCAUCGAUUUUGCGAUUGACCGACCGUCGAAAAAACAAAGGUUGACUCCCGAGUUGCCCAAAAUCUUAACGCAAGGAAGUAAGCCGUCUGCUCUCGGAGAGAGAACUGUACAGCCGGUCUACGAACUCUCCUCCGAGACCUCUUCUGUGCCAGAGCUCAAGUUCGAUGCAAAUGGCGAACUCAAGUCCAGACCGUCUGGCUUGUGCAGGACCGAGGCGGUAGAUGAAAUUCUUUUCACCUCGUCGCUCCCAGAAGGUGAACAUAGCGCAAAUCUAAAACUAAGCAAGCCUCGGCCCUUCGAAGUGUUUGAGGACAUAUUGGAUGAGUCUUGUGAUAUAGACGUCAAUGUGUCCCGCUCUGGCCCAACGGACGAUACACAGCGCCAAUAUUCACACCGAACAGCCAACUUACUAGCCGUUCUCUCCCAAGAACCCGUUGCAGGUGGCAGGCACAGGCACCACAGAUCGCAGACGACAGCGCUGGCGACAAUGAGGUCGGCAAACACCAGGUCGUUACCGGUUGAUGAUAUUGAGAACUCUUCAAGUCCUGCAGAAGCAGCCACCAAGAAUGUUGCCAAAGGCUCGAACAAAGUAGACCCUGCCAAAGCCGCAGAGAGGGCUGCAGCAAAGGCGAGCCGUGAUGCUGAAAAAGAGGCCGAGAGAGAGCGCAAGAAGCUUGAACGAGAACUAAGGGCUCAGGAAAAGCAAAAAGCAGCUGACCUAGCGGAGGCGAACAAAUCACGAACCAACAAAAAGGACGCCGUGCCCGAAAUGAUUGUCGACAUGGCAAGCUCCUUGCAGGGCACGAGUGUAGGGAAUCAGGUGGACGAAUACAUGAAAAAUUUGGGAGCAGAAGUAACCUAUUCCGACCCAGAACUGGACUUGUCAGACAAAGCCCCAGAGCAGAUGCAAUAUGGCAAUAUCAUCACCUGGCGUCGCAAAGUCAAGUCCGCUUACAACGAUGAGGAAGGCCGAUGGGAACCCCUUUCGACAAGCCGAGUUGUCCCAGAGCAGCAUGUGCUGAUUCAUCUCACUGCGGUAGAAUUGGCGGCCAUGCUGUGCAUCCCGAAGUCAGCAGUGACCGCCGAGCCAAUCGACGAAGCCAGCAUGAAAUCCAAUCUGGACAAGCACGUCGCCAGCAUCCGGCAUCGCUUUGGCAGCUGUGUUCCCAUCUACCUUAUCGAGGGAUUGAGUGGUUGGCUUAAGAAAAACGCAAAUGCGAAGAAUCGAGCCUACACCGCGGCUGUUAGGUCUCAGAUGGCCGAUGCUGAUCAAUUCGAGGCCGGAAAUAUGCGGGCAACUCAAGCCAGGCAUCGCAAGCGCAAGAAGCCACCUACCAACACCCUGGACCUCUCCUCAGUGACGCCUGAGGUGGCGGAAGAGGUCCUCUUGCACCUCCAACUCGCACACCAGCCCAUCCUCAUCCAUCAUACGACCUCACCCGGAACCACAGCCUCACAGAUCUCUGCUCUUACCCAACAUCUUGCGACGAGGCCGUAUCGACAGGCUCAGCUCGAUUUCAAUCUCAAGUCGGCAACGUUCUGCAUGGACGGUGGCCAAGUUCGCACCGGAGAUGACCCUAGGGACACCUUUGUGAAGAUGCUGCAGGAGAUUCAACGUGUCACGCCAAGCAUGGCUUACGGCAUAGUUGACAAAUUUGGCAGUGUCAGGAAACUCGUACAGGGCUUCGAUCGGCACGGGAACUUGCUUCUCGAAGAUGUGCGGAAGAGUGUCAACAAAGAUGGAGGUUGGAGCGAUAAGAGACUUGGCCCCAUGGUUAGCAAGAGACUAUUCAAAGUCUUCAUGGGUCGAGAUCCCUCAGCGACAGACGGGAUGUCGUAA